AUGCCCUCUUGUUGCGCGCAGUCGACUCUCCUCGCCCAUCGCCCUGCCGCUGGCCUUGAAACGCCCUCGCGGCUCCCUUCUUCACUCCCCUCCCAUUACCCACUUCCUCGCCUUUGCGCUCGCUCUGAGCCGCCCUCCCGUUGCCUAUCAUCUCUCCACUCCCAUCCCGUCGCCCUCGUGUUCCCCUCUCAUCUCGCCCUCGAACCGGGCUCUUGUCCACGAUUUUGCCGCCCUCUCUCAGGCCCAAAGUCUUCAUACGCAGCAAAUAAUCCUAACCUCUCUCGCUCUUUGCAGAACCUUCACAAGCUGCCACCGCGCUUGUGCUUGUCACCUUCCCCCGCCAUCGCGCUCACGUUCUCCCCUUCCCCCGCCAUCGCGCUCACGUUCUCCCCUUCCCCCGCCAUCGCGCUCACGUUCUCCCCUUCCCCCGCCAUCACGCUCACGUUCUCCCCUUCCCCCGCCAUCCCGCUCACGUUCUCCCAUCUUCGCACCACCUUCGCGCUCAUGGUCUCCCCUCCCAUCUCCCUCGUGCUCACGUUCUCGUCUCUCAUCGCCUUCUCGCUCGCACCUCCCGUCCCUUCCUGUUGCCCUCGUGUUCUCCCGUCCCGUCCCGUCGCCUUCGCGCUCGCACCUCCCGUCCCGUACCGUCGCCCUCGUGCCCUCCCCUCCCCAAUGCUCCUCCCAUCACCCAACCAGUAA